CAGGACUGGGAACUGGAUCUUGUGAGAGGGUGCAUGGGGAAGUGUUGGUCAUUUGAACCCAGAGCAAGGAGGCUAGGAAUGUGCUGGGGACUCGGGAGUGGGCGUGGCAUGUGGCCAGGUUUACUUCCCCCCACCACCCUUCCCUCAGCAAAGGCUAGCACCCAUGCUGACAGCCUCCCAUCCUCAGCAGUGCAGGGCCCCCCCUGCAGUAGCACCACAUCCCUGCAUGAGUCCACACAUCUCCCACUAGAAGAGGGCCCUCGGUGUAGGGUAGAGACUGGAUCCCAAGGCGGACCCAAGACCCAAGACCUGUGUCUGCAUCCCACGUUGGAAUCACUGUUUAAAAUAGAGCGUUCCUUCCCUCUUCUGGCCUAUGACCCUCUCCUCCCCAGCAGGAUCCUGAUGUGUCUAUUAGAGCUCCAGGCCUCAUGUGCUGUCCUUCAUGCAGGUCUCCCAGAUGUCAUAGGUACAUCAUUCAGGUGCUCUUUGGGCCCUGGCAAUAGGGCAAGGCAAAGUCUGUCCCCCUCCUGCUUGCUACAGCAAUACCUUGCCCCUGCAGAGACUUUGAGCCCUCCCUUGCAGCUGCACACCCAGUGAGGGAGAAUGCCUUGUCUGAGCUCUCCCUGUGGGCCAGGUAGGGCCCAAAGGCCUGCUGGAACCUGGGUCUCUUCCACACCUCAUACACCAUCCAGCUUAACUCACUGCACACCCACUAUUGGCCAUCUAAAGUCACUUUGCAAACUGUUUGAUUCAACAACCACUCUGUGUACUCAUUCUGUCCUGUCUAGAAUUUAUCAUUGCACUCCUUUCACACUUGUCUGUACCAUCCAGUUUCCACUUGUUGCACACCCAUAUUAUAGGCAGUAGUCACAGUUUCAGGAUUCUCCGGAGAAAUGGAACCAAUAGACUAUAUGUAGAAAGAGAGGUGUUAAGGGCUGGUGAGUGUGAAAUCUGUGUGAUAGGCUGCAGACCCAGGGAAGAGCUGACAUUGCUGUCUUGAGUCUAGAGGCUGGAAACUCAGGCAGGGCUUCUGUGAUCCAAUCUAAAGGCAGAAAUGCUUCUUUGGGAAACCUAGGUCCUUUGCUGUUAAGAUCUUAAACUAAUUUGGUGAGGUCUACCCACAAUUUGGAGGGUAAUCUGCUUUAAAUCUCUUGAGUUGAAUGUUAAUCACAUUUUAAAAAUGCCAACAACAUCCAGAGACACAUUUAGCCAAAUAACUGCACCCUGACCUGACCACACUGGCACAUAAAAUGGACCAUUGUAGUCACUCCUCACAUACUCACUGGUCACUCUGCUUCAUCCAGUGCCCAGUUCUUACAUGCCCCCUCUGACAUUCACCAAUAUCUCCUUGCACACUCACUGUGUAAUUAAAAAGCCAGUGACUCAUUUCCAGGUCACUUUGCAAAUCUGUUUGCCAUCUGGAGUCACUGCAUACCCUCCAUGUGCAGUUCACCAAUGAGUCUAUGCGUGUGCAUCCCACUUUCACUCCAGCACACUCUUGUAGCAUUUAACAAUCGCUCCUCCCAUGCUCGCCAUCAAAUUUUCUACUCUCACACUACUGUGUGCCAGCCUAUAGAGUCUUAUUGCACACACACUGGGGCCAGGUUAUCAACUGCCCCUCAUGCCCCUCACUCUUCCAGCUUCCCCUCCGACACAGCCAUUGUAUGCCAUUUAACAAUGCUUACACACUCACUGCAGAGUAACGACUCUGCACGUUUCUGUGAAUUUAUCAGUCUUUCCUUGCACAUUAGUUCUGCACCAUCCAGGUUCAUCAAUAAUCAACUCCGUUAUGGUCAUUAUGUGUAGUUCAACCAUUGUUUGCUCUAUCUUGCUCCUCCUGUGUCUUCUUGCACUCCCACUUGCAUUUAACAGUCACUUUGCACAAAUCCUCUAGGGCCUGGCAGAGGUGAGCCCUACUGUGUGUCUGAGUGACAGAACCAUCAGGAAGGAAAGGGUAACUCAGAAUUGCCCCACAAUUCAUCUGUUUCUUGCCUUUAAAGGCUGUAUAUUCAGGGGAGGGUAUUGAAAAUACGUGACAGUAUAAUCUGAAGGCUGUGUAGGAUCCCAGGGGCUCCCUCACUGUGCCUGAUAUUAACUCUUUUGUUUCCAAUCCUAGGAGAAGCCUCAGGAGGGCACUCAGGUGAGGGCAGGGCAAUGUGUUUCCCAUCCAGGUUGGAAGCAGUCUAGUGUUUAACUGGUAGAGCCGUGUCGGUGCUGUCCAUGGAUUGUUGGUCCUAGUGGUAUCCCUCCUCCCUGCCUAUCAGGCUGCAUCUUUCAGCCCUUUGUACAGGAGAGGCUGACAUCUCCAUGACAUAACCAAGCCCCAGGCAGAGAAGAGUGGCCAUGGUGUACCUGAUACGGGCCUGGGAACCAUCUAGGACGUUUCUGUGUUAAAGUUUGCAGCGAUGCUGGGAAUCCUUGUACACAGGCAGCACUACACAGGAGUGCUGGUAGAAUGACAUCACAAGUCUUUCCCUGGAAAAGAAAUAAGCAGGAAAGGGAAUCCUGAGGUCAGAGGAGUAUUCCAACUUAUGUGAAGUACUGACCUUGGGAAAGUGGGGUGAUGGAAAAUCUUGCCUGCUCUCAGUUUGUUUGCUAAUAACCUUCCUCUGCCUUUUUCUUUUCCAUGUUGUAUGUUUUCUCUUUUUCACAAGUUUCUCCACUUAGGGCUUACAGAAUUGCAGAGUUUGACCAACAGUUUCCUAAUCGGUGGUCAAAAGAUACCUCAGUAACAGAAGCAGAAAGCUCUCCCUCCAUAGUGUAGAAAUCAGCCAUUGUCCUGGGGUAGGUAGUGAUCCUGGCAAGAGUUAACUUUUAAAGAUGCCUGCAUUUCAGUGGUUGUUGCUAUGCCUGUGACAAUACCUUCAGCUUCCAAAUCUCCCAAGUUCUGAGGGGCUUUCUCAGCUCCUUGUCCAGUUUAAUGAUACUGAAACAAACAUCUCUGUGAAAGAUGGACGUGGACAUGUCCUUCAGAGAAGGAUAACUGAUGCUGCUUACUUCUUCCACAUAGAAUAAACUGAUGGCCCUGCAAGACUUACUGAAUGAGGAGUGAGAGUAUCUGUCUCUUUUUAAACACAAAAAAAUGAAAGAACAGAAUCACAACUCCUGGGCUAUAGUAGAAAAUAAUGGAGAAAACAACAAACUAAAAAUUGUUUCUCUGGAGAAAUGAAAAAAUUGACAAACAUUUAGAUAAAUUGACUAAGAAAAAGGUAGAGAAGACAACUAAAGUCAGAAACAAAGUUGGGGUUACCCAGAAUGACCCUGGGUGUCCCAUCCCUGCUACUGUUGCUUUGCUGAGUGCAGUGGGUACAGCCCAUCCCACUGGUAAAGUCAGUGCUCUUAACUAUAAUCCAGACAAGAAACCAGAGAACAGAAAACAGCGGCUCCCUGGGCCCUUCAUGGGGCAGAGAAGUGGGACAUGCAGACUCCAGGAGUGGUGAGAAGGACCUCAAUCCUCCCUUGUCUCCAUAUUACCUUCCUCUGGCCCUGGAUGUCCAGCUAACUCUUGAGACCUCACCAAGCCUGGGCAAUAAACCUAGCUCCACUUCCAAAUGAGGACCCCAAGCCUCCAGCAAAGGUGGUCAUGUCUCUGGACUUAAUUGUUAUGAAUUACAUCUGGUUGUAAGUCACCCAUGCCCUCAAGCUAUUCUGCUUGGAGGACUGCCAGUGUCCUCAGCCCAGUGGGCCAUCAGUGGAGGACCAAGUCCAAAAGACUACUUCUCUUGGAAGUGGAACACUUGGGGUCACUCCAUGCACCCAAUUUAUAGAGGAGGAAACUAAAGAUUUCUGUAGCCCCCUCCACACUAAAGGAUUUUGCUCAGAUGCCUAUAUCAGUAGACACAAGACCCCAGGCACUGUCCUGCCCAGGAUGCUCUACAGGUGUCCCAUUCCAGAACCCUGGGGGACCUCUGCCUAUCAGCCUGCUAUCACUCCCCCUCCCCAUGCUGUGGGCCUGUGGACAGGCUGCCAGGAGAUUAAAUGUCCCUACCCCAUAAGAGAGCUUCCCCUAACCUCUUUUUCCUCUUAUCACCUUAAGGUGUCCACUCUUCCUCUGGCCCCCAUACCUAUGGUGCCCACCUGGAAGUUUCUAUGUGUGUAUUUGAAGGAUACUUGAAGCAAUAUGGCCCAUUAAGGAGAGGGUGAACAGGGAUCCGCCAGAUUCCUAUGGAAUUUCAUUCUUAAAACAUAACCCAUGGGAGUGGUUGACUAAGGGUAUCAGGAUAAGAGUUAGGCAUAAGAGGUAAGAGGUUGGGGUUAGGGAUCAAGUGUAGGACAUUAGGAUCAGGGUCAGUAUUGAAAUCUGGAUCAAGAUUGAGAUCUGAGAUUAAGAUUUGAGUUUGGCUGACUAAACCUGAAGACUCUGGUGGCUAAGGGGCUUCAUCCCAGCUGAGAAGUGAAAAGCCGCAGGCGGCCGCAGACUUCACAGCCGCUCGGGGUUUUUAGAGCUUCAGCUUUAAAAAUGGGCAGGAUUUUCCUUGAUCAUAUCGGUGGUACCCGUCUGUUUUCCUGUGCAAACUGCGAUACGAUCCUGACCAACCGUUCGGAACUCAUCUCCACUCGAUUCACGGGCGCCACUGGCAGAGCAUUUCUUUUUAACAAGGUAGUUAACCUACAGUAUAGUGAAGUUCAAGAUCGAGUCAUGCUCACUGGCCGCCACAUGGUUCGAGACGUGAGCUGCAAAAACUGCAAUAGCAAACUGGGAUGGAUCUAUGAGUUUGCCACUGAAGACAGCCAGUGUUAUAAGGAAGGUCGUGUGAUCCUGGAACGCGCUCUAGUUCGAGAAAGUGAGGGCUUUGAGGAGCAUGUACCAUCUGAUAACUCUUGAAGAAAAAGAGAGAAAUCCAUCUUUUCCCAGGUCUCCUUCACUGAAAACAAAAAUCUACUUACAUACACUGUCACCUUAGCAUCAGAGUCGGAUUCAUGAACUGCGGAACAAGAGGUUGUGAGAAUCUAUGAUGGAACCUUCCUUUCUUUCCUUUUUUUUUAAAUUUUCUAUUUUCCAUUCAACAGCAGUGUGUAGAGAGAAUAUUAUGCAGAUGCCUUUUUUCCCCCCUGUGUUUACAUCUUGAGGCAGAAUAGUCUAUCUGCAGCUACAUGGUGGGCUAUGUGAGGAAAAAAAUCUGGGCUAUUAAGAGUGAAAAAGUAUUUUAUGUAAAUUUUGAAAGGAAAAUGUGUCAAGAGCAUGGUUUUUAAAUUUAUUUGGGCUUCAUUUUAAGACUUUUUUUUUAAAACCCAGUUAUUUCACUUGAUUUGCUAGCUUCAGAGAAGAGAUCCGAAUUUGUGACCAGCGCUAAAGGUUCAGUGUUAGUAUUGCUUGUGCUGGCCAUUGUGCCAUAUUCUUGUUGGAGAUGAACCGUAGCAUCAGAGCCCAUUCUUCCUUGUCAGUCUUGACCCAAAGAUGUCACCGUUCCUAGUUGUUUGUCACCACAUAAUUGGUGUUGAUUGGAAACUUUUCCUGAUAUGGGGCAGAACUGCUUGGUUGUCUUUUCCAUGUAACUUAAGCAUAGUAAUAUAAAUAAAGUAAUAGUUGGAAAAAAAAAAAA